GACAAUGGUAUGGUCACAUAAUGAAAGUUGGAUGGUUACGGGAGAUCACGCAGGAUAUGUCAAGUACUGGCAGAGCAAUAUGAACAACGUCAAGAUGUUUCAAGCACACAAAGAAGCAAUUAGGGGACUCAGUUUCAGUCCAACGGAUCACAAAUUGGCGACGUGCAGUGACGAUGGAACCGUUCGAAUUUGGGAUUUUCUGCGAUGUCACGAAGAGCGUAUUCUCCGAGGUCAUGGAGCGGAUGUAAAGUGCGUACACUGGCAUCCACAAAAGAGCCUAGUCAUAUCAGGUAGUAAGGAUAAUCAGCAACCAGUGAAGCUAUGGGAUCCGAAAACAGGACAGUCAUUGGCGACACUUCACGCGCAUAAAUCAACUGUAAUGGAUGUCAAGUGGAAUGACAAUGGUAAUUGGUUGGUUACCGCAUCUCGCGAUCACUUGCUCAAGCUCUUCGAUUUGAGAAAUCUCAGUCAAGAGGUGCAGACCUUCCGUGGUCACAAGAAGGAAGCAUCCAGCGUUGCUUGGCAUCCGAGUCAUGAGGGACUCUUCUGCAGCGGUGGAAGUGACGGUGCCAUUCUUUUCUGGCACGUCGGUGCCGACAAAGAAGUUGGAGCGAUAGAACAGGCUCACGACAGCAUUGUUUGGACAUUGGCUUGGCAUCCUUUGGGUCACAUUUUGUGCUCAGGUAGUAAUGAUCAUACGUCCAAAUUUUGGACGAGAAACAGGCCAGGUGAUCUCAUGAGAGACAAAUACAACCUCAACACUCUACCUGCCGGAGCAGGUGGCGUUGACGACCAUGAAGUCGCUGACGAAGGCGCAGUCAUUCCGGGUAUGGGACCUGAAGAUCGUAUCAACACAGAUCCCGAACACGAAGACAAAAACGGUGAAAUACCGGGUCUCGAUCUUGAUCACGCGGCUGAAGAAAGCAAAAAAGCAGCGAGUAAGAAGGUGCCUUACAGCAAACCUAUUCCACGUAACUUUCAAGCUCAGUGGAACGAAAUGGAGGCCGAGGACACCGAACAAGUUGAAGCACUUAAUGCUAUUGUCAAUCAGCUUAUUGAAACUACUCCCGGCGCCGUGCCUUUAAACGACGUUACUCCUAGCGCUAUUAUUUUAUACGGGAAAAUGAUUCCAGUUGAACCUGGAUCUAAAUUGGCUGAAGCGAUUGCGAAGGGUACCGACGCUAUAAAUAAAUUAGUACAAUCUGGAGAAAUUGAAGAACUACGAGAUGUUAUCGGACCUAACGAGGAUACAGAGGAGAUAGAAGAAUAUUUGCAAGAUGACGGUGACAUUGAUUACACCAAAAUUCCUGACCUAGAUUUACCACCUCCUCUACCUAGCUCGAAAUUCGCUCAGAAUCCAGAACUUCUCAAAUCUUUGAAUCGUGGAGGAAAGCGCAAGUUCGACCAAUUGAUUGGUUGGAGUGACGGCGCAGGCGACAAAAUGGGAAAACUACAUCAGCCAGUUUUUGGAGGUUCUUACAAUGAGGAUUCGCAAUCAAGUGAUACUGAUCUUAGAUAUGGAAUGAACGCAGAUAGAUCGUCGUCUAAGGACAACUACAAUGACAGCUAUGAUGAAGAUUAUAGAACAAAUGACCAAAGCCUCAGAUAUAAUUCAUCUAGCGGACCUGGAAGGCCUGGAAUACGUGAUGACAUAGACUCGCGACACAAUUUCCAAGAUAGCGACUACAGACAAAUGAAAAACUCGUACUUGUCAUCCGAUGGUUUUGGUAACAGAGAUAUGGAUAGUAGACACUGGGAUGAUGAUAGCAGUAGAGACAGGAAACCCGACACUAGCUUUUCACAAAAUUACUUUGACAAGCGCGACCAGAGAUCCGGCAAUUCCUACAGCACAGGCAACUCAUCCAAUCACCAUAACAUGCAAAACAUCAAUCCAAAUAUGCCACCAUCAAGCAUGCAGCAUCAUUCCAACUCCUCGCAGCAAUCUUCGAAAAUGGGUUCCCAUCAAGGAAUGGAUGGACCCAUGUCUCAUAUGAUGCCCCAUAUGAAUGUACCACCGCCUCCAUUCCGACCAAAUGGACCUCCACCGAACAUGCAAGGCUUUGGUCCAGGCAACUUUCGACCUCCUAAUAACAAUUUUGGUCCCAAUAUGCAUUUCCGACCAGGAAUGGGUGGACCUUUCCAAGGCGGACCAUUCAACAAUUUCUCUGGACCACCACCAAAUUUCAGACCUUCAAAUCCAAAUUUCGAGAGAGGUUUUGGUGGACCGAAUUUCAGAGGUCAGAAUACCAAUCAACGAAGAAGAUAGGACAUGCAGAGCCUCGGUGCGGAUUCUGAAGAAUUCUGAGACGAGUUUACGAACUUGAUGGACAAGGAUUAAAAAAAAAGACUUUUGACGAUUAAUUCGUCAAGUCGCAGACUCGAUACCCGAGAACUGUUUCUUAAUUUUAUUUUUCAAUAAAAUAAAACCAUUGAGGCAGGCAAUGAACACACACUAUUUAUCAAAUAAACGUUUAAAAUAAUACAGUCUCGCUAAACCAAUGACUAGAGCGCGGUCGAAUCUUACAGAACUUACCGUGAAAUUGUUUCUGACAUCUAAGUUGACUGCACGUGAUUUUCGCUGAUACGCACCGCGCAUUAUUAAAGCAUAUGGCGAUACACUCACUAUGGCUAUUAGUGAAAUUUGCGAAUAAUGUUAUUAUGGAAAUCAACAAUUUUUUUUAUUAAAACUUUAUUGUGUAAAUUCAUAGGAUUAUGUACAAUGCUGAAAAACGUAAUGUGUAUAAAUAAAUAGUGAAAAAAUAUAUAUUAUUUGUUUAAUUUUUUAGCAGUAAUUUAUAAAUGUAAUGCUGAUUUUCAUUACAGGUACAUUUGUAAUAUCUCCAGAUGGGGAAUAUUGUGUAUGAUAUGAGCUUAUUUAAAAAUAAAUUCAACAUCAAAUUUUUAAUUGUACUGGUGGCAUAAAAUAAUGCAUUAAUUAAUCAAAAUAAAA